AUGUCUCUCAGAAGAAAAACCAUCGAAGAUAUAGAACUGACGAAUAAAAAAAUCCUAGUGAGGUUAGCCGAGCUGGAUGUGGCGAUAGAAGAUGGAAAGAUUCUUGACAACCACAGAAUCUUAGCCUCACUACACACUAUAAAGUUUCUCAUGAGCAAAAACGUUAAAGCCAUCAUAAUGAUAACUCACCUUGGGAAACCUCACGGCCAGAAAUUAGAGAAAUUGUCAGUAAAGCCGGUAGCUGAUGAGCUACAAAAAUUGUUAGAUAGAGAAAUUAUUUUCGUGCAUGAAUGUAUCGGUCCAAAUGUUGAUGAUGUUUGCAAUAAUCCAGUGCCAGGCUCCAUCAUAUUGCUCGAAAAUUUAGGAUUCCACAUAGAGGAGGAAGGGAAAGUUGACGAAGACGGCCGAAAGAUCCGCGUAGAGGAAUCAACAUUGAGGAUUUUUAGGGAUAGUUUGUCAAAACUUGGUGAUGUUUACGUUAAUGAUGCGUUCAGUGCGGCCCACAUGUGGCACUGUUCAAUCAACCAGCUCUCAAAUGAAAUUAAAGUGGCUGGGCUCCUCAUGAAGAAAGAGAUAGACUCCUUCGCCAAACUUCUCGAAAAACCCUUAACGCCCUUCGCUGUUAUUUUAGGGGGCUCGAAAAUGGUGGACAAGAUGCUGAUAAUCGAGCACCUGCUGGAGAGGAUCACUGACCUCAUCUUCGUCGGUGACCUCGCCUACACUUUCCUGAAGGCAACCAACAAGAUGGAAAUCGGUAAGUCAAACUUUGAUGAAGAUGGUGCUAAACUAGUUCCGCGAAUCAUUGAGAAGGCCAAGUUUUAUAGGGUUAACUUAAUCCUACCGGUUGAUUUUGUAACUGGCGACAAGCUUGAUGAAAAGGCCACAAUGGGGAAGGCUAAAAUUAAAGACGGAAUCAAGGGAGACAAUAUUGGCCUGGACAUUGGGGCAGACAGCCUAAAGAAGAUAUCGCAGAGUAUUAUGAAAUCCAAAACCCUGCUCUGGACGGGUUAUCCGGGAAUGUUUGAGUGGGAAGUUUUCUCGAAAGGAACUGAAGGAUUGAUCUCCUGGAUUUCCAUCGCCACUAAGAAAGGGACUACAACUGUUGCCUGUGGAAAGGAUACAAUAAAAUGCAUCGAAAAGUUCAAAGCCUUCCACAAGUUCACACACGUCAGCCUGGGAUCGGAAGCUGGAAUGCUGCUGCUGGAAGGUUGGCUGGUUGGUUGGUUAGUUGGUCGGAUAGUUGGUUGA